GUGAAAAAAUUAGAAUCUGAUCCUUCUGCUGAGGAAGUGGAUCUUGGUCAGGAAACUAAAGAGAGUGAACUAGUUGCUAGAAAGAAAUCUAUCAAAGCUACAAAACAAAUUAGCCAACAUACUGGUGGCAAAGCUCCUAAGCCCAAGAGUCAAAAUGAAAGUAUUAAAGAUUCCCAAUCCUGUUCUGCCGUUAUUCGUGAUGCUCCAGUUACAAUAGAGUUCAGUAACGAGAAAGAUGCUGUUGUUAGGGUACGCAAGUUUUAUCAGAAAUGUAAGAAGUGUCAAAAAGAAGGAACAAGUCUUCGUGGUCGUCGUUGGCUGUAUUUUAUUGACUCUGGAGGUCAGAUUCAGUUUCAAAAGUUACUCCCAGCAUUUAUGCCUUAUGCUUCAGUUUUACUUCUAGUAGUUAAUUUAUCUAAAGAUCUUACUGAUCCAUCUUCUACAGCUAUGCAGCUUCCUGAGGGAGAAAUUAGUGUUGGCCAGUGUUCACUCUCAGUUAUUGAAAUUUUGAAGCAGCUUCUCUCUGCAAUAGCCUCAAGCACACAGCGAUAUCGUUCGUUAAUUGCUGAUGAUCCUGCUCUUUCAAAAUGCAUCACACCUCCUUCAGAUAAGUUAAAAGUGCUACCUGUUGCUACUCACCGUGACAAAUAUGAAGAAGCGCUAAAGAAUGGUAAAGAAUCGAUUCUUGAUAAAAAAGUAGAAAUAAAUAAAAUUCUUCAUAGUCAUAAGACUUGUGAAAUUGUGGGACUGGGAGGUAGAAUAUAUCUGUAUGAGGUUGAUGGCCGUAAGGCUCGCGAUAAAGUCUUUGAAUAUUUACAGCCAGAUUCAGACCUGUAUAAGAUAGCUCAAGCAUUGGAAGAAAAUGCAUAUCAAAUUAAAGUUCCAUUGAAGUGGUAUUGCUUUGGUGUCCUUCUCCAUGAUGUUGCUAAGGAAGGUUGUGGUGUUUUGAGUUUAUCUUACUGUCAAGAGCUUGGUCAACAAUUAAAAGUUAAUUUGUCACCCGAAGAAUCGUUAAGUGCCAUCAAGUUUCUCAGUUUUCUCAAUAAAUUACUCUUUUAUCCUGAUUCACCUGCUGGUGAUCUCGUUUUUGUUAAUAUAGAGAGUCUCAUUAACAUUCUUAGAGAUUUACUGGUGUUUGUCUAUGAUGCUCAUUCUGAUGCAAAACUUCUACUUCCUGAUGAAAAAGCACUCGUGUGUAAAGGUCAUCUCUCCAUUGAGAUUCUUAAAAAGGCAUCAAAAAGUUGUAAUAAAAUAUCAAAGGCAUUUUCUAAUUUUGACAAAAAGUUACUUGGCCUUUUUGAAUACCUUCUGAUUGCUGCACAGUUAGAUCUACCUGAGAAUGAUACUUUCUUCAUGCCAGCUCUUCUACCUAUAAUGGAUGUAUCUAAUAUCAACCCCUACCCUAACACAACUCCUCUUUUGUUACAUUUUGAGAGUGCUAUUCCAAUGGGUCUCUUUUGUGCAGUCAUUGUUCAUCUUCUCUCUCACAAGGAGUCUCCCUGGAAAGUCGUUGAAGAGUCAAACUUUUCAAACUUUUUCAACCUAAGUCGACCAGGCUAUCUUGAGGGCAGGCUUAUUCUUGUGGAGCAAGUUGACUGUAUUGCACUUUAUUGCAAAUCAGCUAAUGAUUAUAUUCCAGCAAGAGAUGCUGUAGAAGAAGCAGUUGAUGUAGCAAUGUCUAUGCAUAAACUUAGUAUGUAUGAGAAGCCAAAACGAGGAUUUUACUGUCCCUGUGGUAAAGGAAGGCAUGCAGCUCAAGUUAUAUGGCUUAUACCACAACAGCGCUACAUUUUGAGUUGUACCAUUAAUGAGGAAUCUCAGGAUAUUCCUAAUGACUGCUGGAAAUGGCUAAGAAAACGACAGCAUGAUGAGCUGCAACAUUUACCUGAAAUUUUUGACACAAAAAUCGCAUCUAAAGUUCUUUUAGAUAGUUCAGAAGAAAUUAGAAACUAUUUUGCACAAGAUUUUUCGCAAAUUGCAGAGAAACUGCUUCAGAAAGAGGUGAUCACUGUAUCAGAUAAAAAUGAUAUAACUGCUCAAAAUACUGGACGAAGUGAGUAUCAACGAAUGGAUGAAAUACUAAAACUUGUUAUAAAAUCAGUGGAGGUUGAAGCUUCUAUUUUUUCAAUUUUUGUUGAAAUCCUUAAAGAAAAAGGAACUUUAGCUGCUGUGAAGCUCGCUGAAGGACUCACAAGAAGAUAUGAUAAGCUGUCAUCUGAUGCUAUUCUAGAGCCAUCUUCAAAAAGAGCCAAACACUGUGAACAGGAUUAGUUUAUUUAUUGACAUAAUUUUUGAAAUAAUUUAAUUCUGUUUUGACAAUGACAGUUUGUGCACAGUA